UCAUCAGCAAUACAAAAUCCUUCUCUUCUCCAACUUAUUCAGCUUGAAUCCUGCAGGAUUUGCAUCGGAGGCAGAAUGUCAGAGCAGAACUCGCCAGCUCAGGCUGGUAGCCUUCCCGGGCAGGGGACAGGAGUGAACCCUGGCUCUGCUGCCAACCCUGUGCCGCUCGUGACCCAGACAGACUCCAGGGACAAAUGGAGCAAAAAAAUGGAUUUCCUCCUCUCGGUAAUUGGAUUUGCUGUCGAUCUGGGCAAUGUCUGGAGGUUCCCUUAUAUCUGUUACCAGAACGGAGGGGGGGCCUUCCUCAUCCCAUAUACCCUGAUGGCCGUCUUUGGGGGGGUGCCUCUUUUCUAUAUGGAGCUGGCCCUGGGACAGUUCCACAGGACAGGAGCCAUCCCCAUCUGGAAACGGAUCUGUCCCAUCUUUAAAGGGAUUGGCUUUGCCAUUUGCAUCAUUGGCCUGUACGUCUCCUUCUACUACAACACCAUCAUCGCCUGGGCCCUGUACUAUUUCUACUCCUCCUUCACCAGCUCCCUGCCAUGGACAAGCUGCAACAACCCCUGGAACACACCCAACUGCACCAACUACUUUGGAAAGAGCAACGUGACCUGGAGCAACUUCUCCAAGUCACCAGCUGAAGAGUUUUAUAUGAGGAAGGUCCUUGAGAUUCAGAAGUCCAGUGGCCUGUAUGAUGUGGGUGGGAUCCGCUGGCAGCUCCUCCUGUGCCUGCUCCUCAUCUUCACUAUUGUUUACUUCAGCCUGUGGAAAGGUGUGAAAACCUCAGGGAAGGUGGUGUGGGUGACAGCAACUCUGCCUUACGUUGUCCUCCUCAUACUACUGAUUCGGGGAGUGACUCUGCCUGGGGCAUGGAGAGGGGUCGUCUUCUAUCUUCGACCCAACUGGGAGAAGCUCCUGAGCACUGCAGUUUGGGUUGAUGCUGCUGCCCAGAUUUUCUUCUCCUUGGGCCCUGGAUUUGGCGUUCUUCUUGCCUUGGCCAGUUAUAACCACUUCAACAACAACUGCUACCGGGACGCGAUCGUCACCAGCGUGGUGAACUGCCUGACCAGCUUCCUCUCGGGCUUUGUCAUUUUCACAGUGCUGGGCUACAUGGCUGAAAUGAGGGACGUGGAAGUAGAAGAUGUAGCAAAAGACAAAGGUCCCAGUCUGCUCUUCAUCACCUAUCCCGAGGCCAUCGCCAACAUGAUGGGCUCUACCUUCUUUGCCAUCAUAUUCUUCCUCAUGGUGAUAACUCUGGGGCUGGACAGCACGUUUGGAGGCUUGGAGGCUGUGAUCACAGCAAUAGUGGAUGAAUACCCUCACAUCCUGGCAAAGCGGAGGGAGCUGUUUGUUCUUGGCCUCAUCACCAUCUGCUUCCUGGGUUCUCUCACUACACUGACGCACGGUGGGGCAUACGUUGUAAAACUACUGGAAGAGUUUGGCGCUGGAUGCUCGAUUCUAGCUGUAGUGCUGUUAGAAGCAAUAGCAGUGUCAUGGUUUUACGGAAUUCAGCGGUUCUGUAACGAUGUGAAAUCCAUGCUGGGCUUCGCCCCAGGGAUGUUCUGGCAGGUCUGCUGGGUGGCCAUCAGCCCAGCCUUUUUAGCAUUUAUAAUAGUCAGCUCUCUCCUGGACCAGCCACCACUCAUGCUCUUUGACUACCAGUACCCAGAGUGGAGCAUCUCAGUAGGCUACCUCAUCGGAGCAUCAUCUUUCAUCUGCAUCCCUGUCUACAUGGUGUACAAGCUGGUCUGGACGCCUGGAUCUCUCAAGCAGCGUCUGGCAAAGUGCAUUCGGCCGGAGAAAACCAUCCGAGACCAGCCAGCAGAGUCAGUCGGUAUGUCACCUGUCCCCUAAUUCUACAGCCCACAGAAGGGAGGUGAAGACUGCCAGUCGGCUCUGUGAUUAACAACAUAACAAACUACAUGGACAGGGAGAACAGCUACGAUCAUGAUUUGAAUUGCUCUCUUGCGUCUCUCCCUAAGACCUGUGCACACUGGUCAAAGCCAGCUCAAGACCUGAAGCACACAGCAGUGCCACUCUCUGCAGACUGUUUACCCAUGCCAUAGCAGCUGUACAUGACCAUGCGACUCAGUAAAAGCCUGUACUAUCAGUGUCCUAAUCAUACGUCUAAGGGUCCCGAUCCAGUUCCUAUUGAAGGCAGAGAUGAUCUCUGCAUCAGCUGCAAUGAGAGCAGGAUCGAGAUUCACCUGUGUCUGAGUUAUCAAUAAAAUUCUAG